AUGCACUUGUUUGGGAGUUGGUUGCCCUUCGGAGGUGCUGUCACUGUACUCCUCCUUUCGAGCGCAGCACGCGCAAUCAACUUGGAUAUUAGCGAUGAGCAGUCAAUCAAAGAUGCCGCGAGUACCUCGACUUACGCUAUGAUGAAAUACUACUAUGGCAACGAGACCGGUCAAAUCCCUGGAGCCUUUCCAGAUAAAUGGUGGGAAGGAGCCCCACUCCUUAUGGCCCUGUUAGAAUACUGGCACUUUACUGGCGACACAACAUACAACGAGGAACUAAGUGUUGCCCUGCAAUGGCAAUCGGGUACGGAUGGGGACUAUAUGCCAAGCAACUACAGUUCUUAUUUGGUGAACACAGUCAGAGGAAACGACGACCAGAUGUUCUGGGGUCUGGCAGCUAUGACGGCCGCUGAACUCUCAUUCCCAGAUCGCUCAACUGGAUUCUCUUGGCUGUCUUUAGCUCAAGGGGUCUUCAACACUCAGAUCAAAAGAUGGGAUACAUCCUCCUGUGGCGGUGGUCUACGAUGGCAAAUCUGGCCCUACCAGUCUGGCUACGGAAUGAAGAAUUCCAUUUCUAAUGGGGGGCUAUUCCAGUUAUCUGCGCGUCUAGCCCGCUACACCGGAGAUGCCAUCUAUCUCCAGUGGGCUAACAAGAUUUGGGAUUGGUCUGCCUCAUCGCCUUUGCUUAGCAAUUCAACAUGGAACGUUGCCGAUUCCACCAACAUUGAUAAUGAUUGUUCGACCCAGGGAAAUGCCCAAUGGACGUACAACUAUGGCACUUACCUGAUGGGGGCCGCGUAUAUGUACAACCAUACAAAUGGCACUACCCAGUCUCAAUGGCUGACCGCAGUAAAUGGCCUGUUGAACAAGACCAUUGACAACUUUUUCCUUACCGGUGGGAUUAUUGAGGAAUAUUACUGCGAGCCUGCAGAAAACUGUAAUAACAACGAGGUCCUCUUCAAAGGACUAACUUCCACCUGGUUGGCCUUUACUGCUCUACUUGUUCCAUCCAAUUUUGACAGAAUUAUCGCCAAGCUCCAAACAUCGGGCAAGGCAGCCGCUGCAUCCUGCACUGGCCACAGCAAUGGAACUUGUGGUGUCCAGUGGUACAAGUCUACAUGGGACGGGUGGAUGGGAAUGGAGGAACAGAUCAGCGCGACAAAGGUCUUCACGGCAAAUCUGAUCAACUUUAAUAACACUGCUCCGGUGACCUCGAAAACCGGCGGAAACAGUACGAGCAAUCCAAAAGCAGGCGAAAGUGACACUACUGCUUCCAGCAAAAUGACGAUUGCAGUGACAACUGCUGACAAGGUAGGUGCUGGCAUAGUGACUGCAGUUUUCGUGGCUGGCUGGAUUGGACUCACAAGUUUCAUGAUACUUGGUGGUUGA